CAUAAAAGCUUGUGGUGGAAUGGUCCAGACUUUUUAGUGGAGACUCAAUCUAGCUGGCCCUCUAAUAUCAAAGGUUUGCAAUUAGAAACGUUGCCAGAAAUGCGACCUCAUAUUGCAUUUAAUGCCAUUGUUGAGACUGACCGAAAUUAUGAAUUUAUAAAUUUCAGCCGGUUUUCCAAUUAUCUUCGACUUGUGCGCUGUGUAGCAUACGUAUUACGAUUUAUUCGGAUUUGUAGAAAUCGAAGUCUUAAUAUAUCUACAAUAUUUCUGUCUCAACACGAAUUUAGUAAUGCACUAAAUAUAAUUAUUUUAAUAAGUCAAAGAGAAUCCUUCCCUGAAUAUAACUUACUUAUUAAUAAACGUUGUUUACCAAAAAAGAGCCCACUUUUGAAAUUUAAUAUUUUUUUGGAUGAUAAUAAUAUUAUGCGUGUCGGAGGACGUCUAAAUAAUUCAUCCUUUUGUUAUAAUAAAAAACACCCAAUUCUUUUACAGUCCACACAUAUUUUCACAAAAUUAUUAUUUCAUUUUGAACAUAAAAGGUUGUUGCACGCAGGUCCACAACUAUUGUUAGCUACAAUCAGAGAAUCGUACUGGCCCAUUGGUGGCCGUAAUUUAGCUAAAAUUUGCUAUCACAAAUGUGUACGUUGCAAUCGGAUGAAAGGAAAGAUUGCAACACCACUGAUGGGGAAUUUACCUCAGCAGCGUCUUCUUCCAGGUUAUCCGUUUGAAUGUGUCGGCGUUGACUAUGCCGGGCCAAUAAUGAGCGCUAGUCGUCAGGGUCGUGGUUGUAGACUUAUGAAGGUGUAUAUAGCAAUAUUCGUUUGUUUUACCACUAAGGCUAUCCACUUGGAGCUCGUAGGAGAUCUCACUAGUAAUAAGUAUUUAAUGGCCUUAUACAGAUUUAUAUCGCGACGUGGAAAGCCUGUUCAUAUAUACUCUGACAAUGGUACCUCAUUUGUUGGUGCGUAUAACGAGAUAUCGAAAUUUUUAAAGGCAAAUUGUGAUGCCUUGUCUGAUACUGUAGUUAGUCAGGGAAUAAAUUUUCAUUUUAUUCCCGCGUAUACACCUCACUUUGGCGGACUCUGGGAGGCGGGCGUCAAAUCGACCAAGUACCACCUUCAGCGAGUGUUGGGAAAUUGUAACUUGACGUUUGAAGAACUUAACACCACUUUAACUCAAAUUGAAGCAAUAUUGAAUUCCCGUCCACUGACACCAUUGUCAACUGAUCCUGCUGACUAUACACCGCUGACUCCUGGGCAUUUUAUUAUUGGUCGACCUCUCAUCUCAUUACCACAACCAGACUUGCGCCAAUCGACAACAAGCAACUUAAGUCGUUUUGCACGCAUAGAGCAGCUUCGUCAACACUUUUGGAGCAGAUGGAGUAAAGAAUUUGUUGCCGAAUUGCAGCAGCGUACCAAGUGGCAGUCAGGCAAAUCGGAACUAAAGCUUGAUACAUUAGUGGUCAUUAAAGAAGAUCACCUUCCGCCCCUUAAAUGGAAGCUGGGAAGAAUUGUAGCCAUUCAUCCUGGUUCUGAUGGAAUAGUUCGAGUUGCAGACAUUCGUACAUCUACUGGAGUAAUUAGGAGAUCAUUUUCAAAAAUAUGUCCACUGCCUAUCUCCUCGACUUCUGCUUGAAACAUUGUUAUGUUCCAAUGUCCGGGGGCAUGUUGCAAGUCAGUCAGCUGUCAGUUUUUGAAGUGUUUUAUAAAGCAUAAUGUCAAUGUUCUACAUGUCAUCGUAAUACACAAGUACUAAACACAUUCCCGUAUUUUAAUUUGAAAAGUAACCAU